AUGUCCUCCACCAGCUCUUCUCAUGCUUCUGCUACUCACCAUGCCGAAUUUCUCGAGGAGGGAGAAAUCCGCGAAGAUCAGGACAAUGAUUGCCUAGAGGAAGGCGAAAAUAAGUUGAUCUCCCCACCUUUGCCCAUGCAUUAUUCCCUUGACGGAGGCUUGCGCAUUACGACCGGUAUCAGUGAGAAUGACUAUCAUGUUGUGGGUGACGGGUUCCGUUUGUUUGCCCUCCCUGCGCCCACUUUCAACCGACAGUUCACACUACAGUUUUCCUUCGCCAACGAACAUGAAGAAUACACAAAUUCUGGUCGCUGUGACAUCUAUGCUUGA